AUCACACAACAACAUGUUUCAUUCUCUCUUCCAAGCAAAUACUCAAAAAAAGGUCUGAAAGAGAGACAUAUGAGCUCUCUCUCUUCUCAAUUCUCUCACAUGAGUGAAACCAUGUCAAGUCCUAGUGACUGGGCACACUUCUACCCUUCACCAGCAGCAGGAGGCCAUGACAACCCUUCCACCACCAUGUUCGGUGGCCGAGCCGCCUCCGAAUCCACCGUGGUCACCAGCACCCAGGGGUCGGGCAGUAUAAGCCCAACUGGUAGUCACCUGAGCCCAGAAGGCCGAGUGGCCAAACCCAUCCGAAGAAGGUCUAGGGCUUCCAGGAGGACACCCACUACCCUACUCAACACAGACACCACAAACUUCCGAGCCAUGGUCCAACAGUUCACGGGCUAUCCGAGCCCACACUUCGCACCAGGGUCUCACCAUGGUGGUGGUGCCACAAACUUCAACUUUGGGCUUGGGAGUGCUAGUCAACAAACAGUCAAUCCAAGGGCAGUUAUGGGCUCUUCAGCUGCUGGAUAUCAACUACAAUUCCAACAACAGCUCCAGCAACAACAACAGUACCAUCAUCAUCAUCAUCAUCAUCAGCAACCUCAGGAUUACAUGCUUUCACUAAGCAAUUCAAGGCCCAACAUGGAUGUCUCUGAUCAUGGGUUUAUCAUGCAGACUAUCUCGGCCCAUGUGCCUCCAAGAACUUCAUCGUCCAAUGAAAACACCCAAAGUAACAAUUACAUGUUCUGAGAAAGGACAUGAGAGAGAUCUUUCGAAAAGAGAAAAAAAAAAAAGGACAUCAGAGAGAGAGAGAGAGACAGAGUUAGGUACUGACUUUUGCAUUGGGGGUGGACAACUAUUGACCAAUGUACAUAUUUUCUUAAUAACACUUGAUAGCAGCAAUACUAGGAUUAGGUUAGGCGCCAUGUGAUGUUUAUCUUCCACUUUAUUUUAUUUUAUUUUAUUUUUAAAUCUUAUUGUAUUGGUAAAAAUUUGCCAAAAAAAAAAAAAAAUUGUAUUGGUAAUUAAUGUUGUUUCCUUGAUUAUUUUCUUAAUCAGCUUGAAACCCUUUCUUUCA